AAAAAUUAACUUUCCCGUACGUCAUUUCCCAACAACCAAUAGUGUCACGUUAUCUUCCCGAAAGAUUAACGAAACCUCGCCUCUAAAUAAAGUUGGCGGUAAAGGAGCAAAGUUAGUUGUGCCGUUUGGAUGAGUCGAUUUAAAAAAAAGUUCAGAUCGUGAAGUAAAAAUUACCCUAGUCACUAAACGAUGAAUUUUAUUGGUCUCGAUCCGAUGUUUUCGAAUACGUCAGCCAGGCCGGAAAGAACGGAAAGUAAUGCCAGCGCCGAAGAUCGCCACAUUUUCAUCUUCGAAGACUACAACUUUAACGAUUCCAGAGAGAAUAUUCCCGUUUUCGAUCAUCAUUUGUCUUCGGACAACGAAGAAGAUUCGGUUCCGGUCACCAGUUCACGCAGUUCGCCGAUUCCUAUCCUCUUAAGUAGCUCCGCACCGGGAUUAGGAUUGGGUUCCUUAAACCGCUCACCUUUCGGCAGAUCUCCGUGCCCUCGUCAGUUACGCCAAUCGAGAUUAAUGGGAUUUAUGAGGAGUGUAGCCACUCAAACUUGUCAAGCGAUGGACGUACCCAAUGACCACCAGAGUGAUACCAACAGAACCAGAGGAGAAGAAAUAAACAGAGUGGGAUGUAACCACCUGCCUUUACCGGACGUAGUGCAACAUAGUGGUAGACCAGUGGAACGUGCUAGAUCCGCAUCUGUUUCCAUUCCUGUCGAUAGCGUGAAUAGUUCGAUCAACUUUACAGAAAUUGGGCAAACGUUAAGAAGACUUAGCGACGAUUUUGAAAGAAGAUUUAACCUGAGGAGGGUAAAUAAUCGUCUCGGUCGCGUUAAACUUUUUAUUUUAAUGCUUCCGCGGCUUCUGAACGUCUCCUUUUUUUUAUUUUUCAGCUUUCUUUCCGUGAAAGGACCGAAACACACCACCAGUCCAGGUCCUACUCUCAGAAUGACGUCAGUAGGGAACUAUGAUGUGAUAUAUUCUACCAAAGAUAUUCCUAUGUAAAGCGUUUGCUCAAUCGAUGGAAAUUAGCUUCGUUUACCUCAUUUUUUCCGAUUAGAGAAUUAUUUUUAUUGUAUCUUUAAGUAUUUAUAAACGUCAAGAAAUGUAAAUAAACGAGGGCUUCUGUUGACGAUAUUUUUCACGAUUUUCCUAUUAUUGUGAUAAUAAUGCGCUUCUUUAAAAAAAAGUCAGUUUUAUACUUAUUACAUUGUUUAUACGUCGUGUAUGUUUUUUAUUGUAAAUAAAAAUUCCAUUUUUAAAAAUUG